UUUGACACUCCCUGUACUUGCAAAUCCUGAAACAAGGACCCUCACCCUGCGCCUGCAUCUCCGUUUCAGAGCUAUCAGAUUGACGAACUGGUCAAGUGUUUGUUCUUUUUGAGGCUGUGUUCGCUUCGGAUUGUACGUAUCAUCAAGCCUUUUAUUCUGUCGUCGCACUGCGAUCUGCCCCUGUGCUUUAAGUCGAAAAUACCCGGGGGAUGUUCCGGCCGUUGGAAACCGCCGUGAAGGCAUGAUGAAUGAUUCCCUCCUUGCUAAUUGACGGCCGGUGUCUACAGACAUGUACUUCUCUUGAUCUCAUCGAUCCUGAAACUAAAGAGGACCCAAGGAGGACUGUAUAUCACAAGCAAGCAAUCAAGUUGCCUUGACCGAUUCAUAUCUAAGCACGAUGGCCACUGAAGAUGAUAACUUCGAUAUUGACAUCUAUGGCGAUGGGGGUGGCUACAACGCCAAUGAACAAGACUACAAGCCCGAGGACGAGAUGAAGCAUGAUGACACAGAGCUGAUCCUAGAUGCGCCGGAGCAGUCGAAUGGCAACCCCAGCCAAGGUACCGAUGGCUCCUCUGAUGGGACGAUGAAGCCGGACAGCGAGACCGCUUCGCAUAGUGAACCUGUAACCCAAGGGGGGGCCGCCGCCACCCAGUCGACGCUCAAGGAGACGCCUGCUCCUCAAGGUGUGAAGCGCAAGGAGCAUGAUGAUCGCCCGACGGAUCCGGAUGCAACUCCCGCCCUUCUCAUAUCGGACCUGUAUUGGUGGACCACGGACGAUGAUAUCCGCGGCUGGGUCAGCCAGGCUGAUUGCGAGUCGGAGCUGAAGGACGUAACGUUCAGCGAGCACAAGGUGAACGGUAAAAGUAAAGGACAAGCAUUCCUUGAAUUCACUACUCUGCAGGCUGCUACUGCGACCAAGCACAAGAUCGACUCGUUCAGCGCGGGAGGACAGACGCGCAAGCACAUGGUUACGUACACCAGCCCCCAACCGAACCCUUUCCGCACACUGCCCAAAGAUGCCCCCAUGCGCAAGGAUAACCAGGCGCGGACCAUGGGUGGUGGCGGCUUCAAUUCGCCUAACCAGAAUAUGAACUUUGGCAUGAAUAACAUGGGAGGAGGCUUCCGGGGUGGUCGCGGCGGGUUCAACAACCGGGGCGGCAUGUCCGGUGGCAUGGGUAACUUUGGCGGCAACCGCAACUUCCAGAGCCCGAUGGGUGGUUUCCAAGGGCCGAUGGUUGGCGGAGGGUUCCAGGGCAAUCCGAUGGGCAUGCAGAACUAUGGCUUCAACAACCGCGGCGGCAUGAUGGGCGGGAUGCGCGGCGGACCCGGUGGCAUGCGCGGUCGUGGCGGUGGCAUGACGGGCCCCAACAUGAUGGGCAUGCCGGGGAUGAACCCGAUGGGAGGGAUGGGAAUGAAUGCGAUGCCAGGAGGGAUGAACCCGAUGAUGGGCGGGAUGGGCGGAAACAUGGGGAUGCAAGGACAAGGCGGCUUCCAGGGGCCUAACCCCAGCUUCAAUCAGGGCUUCUUCCCUCCCAACCAGGUGGGCGGCGAUGGGUCGUGGAACCCUCACGGGGCGAAGCGCAGUCGUCAAGAAUAGUUUCUCAUCUCCAGCUGUCUUCGGUCUGUACACCUGAUUAAAUUAUUGCUUGCUGAGUUCGGAUCGGGGAAAUUGGCAUUAUUGCAGUUUGAAGCUCGGGUGUAUUAGACCAAUCCAAGGUUAUGUUCACUUAUACCCUGUAGCUGUUGUUUGGUACUGUGGAGUUGAGGAGUUAGUGAUCUGUGAAAUAUAGAUUGUUGCUAUGAUAUUCGACUG